AGCAAGAAAAAACGUGGAGAGCGAGAGAAAACAAGAGGUUUGGAGAGAGUCAGACAGAGCCGUCUGAAAUCAUCUGAAAUUGAGAGCCUCCUCACCGACUCCAAGAAGUCCAAGUCUGCUUCUCAUUGUGAAGCAUCUGAAAUCAUCAUCGAAGGAAAUCAAGAACUGGGUUUUGCUUCUGGUGCUCAACAAGGUUGCCAUAUUCUGGGUUCCGUCGUCUCCUCUCGCAAACCCCGAGAGUGUGUUGGGUAUUUGGCGGAUUCCCUUCCCAAACGGGAGUUUCAUUCUUUGUUUUCAAUUGAUUUAGGGUUUCAUUUCAAAAAAAAAAAUUGAUUUAGGGUUUGAAAUUGUGGGUUUCAAUUGGGUAUUGUGUUGUGGGUUGGAUUUCUUAUUUGUGAUGUUUUGUUGGAUGAUUAUCGGUAUUUCGGGUUUCCGUUGAAGGCUUGAGAAUUUGCCCUGUUUUGGCCGAUUCUAAUGAGAACUUGAGUUCUCUGUUGAUGGCCGAUGGGGUGGUGUUUGAUGGUGUAAUUUUGAGAUUUUGGUGGUAUUGUGUUGAUGUUUGUAGUGGCUGGGAAUUGAAAAUUUGAAGUUUUCGGUUCUGUGGGUAGCCGAUUGUGGUGGGAUUGUUUGAUGUAGGAAAAUUUGAUGUUCAUACAGUUAAAUUGGUUGGUGUCAAAACUAAUAAAAAAAUAUAUAAUUAAAAUAGAGAAAUAUUUAGAGAGGUUGAUGUAAGAAGUUUUUCAAAAGCGAGACAAAAUCAAAAAUGUAGAUUGUUUGGGUUAAAUUUGGAGAACUUGAUACAGAUGCUUAGCCGAACCCAGAUAUGCAAGAGUGAGUGUGAGGACACCAAGAAAAGAGUGACAUACAGAGCGCUUCCUCUAAUCUUUUUGGUGCUUUUCUGCAAAUUGUGUUUGAAAAGCUUCUUUCAUUAAUCUUCUUCCCCCCCCAUAUCUCUGAUUCCCCCCGCUUCUCUGAAUCCCUUUCUGUCAUCGUCUGUCUUUCAAGCUUUUUUUUUUGGGGUUUGUUUUCUUGGGUUGGAACUGAAAAAUAUUUGUGAAAACAUAAAGAAUCAAACCCAGAAGGGUGUUUUUGAAAGCCAGGUGUUUCAGAAUAGAGAUCCAGGAUUUUCUAGCUUUUCUUCUUAUCAACUAAGAGGGUUCGUUUUUCGGUCCCUUGGGGUUCGUUUUAUUAAGGUCAUUUGAUCUUUCUUUUCUCUGGGUAUUUCUUACUUUUCUGCAGAACAAUUACCUGUUCUUUGAUUUUGGUAAGAAACAGGUUGAUUUUUAAAGAAACUCUUUUUUUGUUUUUAUUUCCCUUAUAACUUUUAAGUAUUUUGAUCUUUGCUUGUAUUUUCUUGAGAAAAGAUGGCAGUAGCUAGAGAUAUUUACAAUAGCAGGUUAACAUCAAUUCUCUCAGAUCGUAUAGUAGGAGAGUUAAUGAAUGCUCUACAACCCUUUAUGAAAAGUGAUUCGCUAACCACGUCUUGCUCUUACUCUACAGUCUCUCCCUCUCAGCCCAACUCGUUCCCUGAGUUUGGCUCCCCAUCGAGCACCCACAUGUUUUCUCAACAGCAGCAACAGCAGCAAAUCGCUGCCAUGGCUUCAGCUUCACUCCAAAACCAGAGGCUAAGCCAAUGGCAGCACCAGAACCAGCCCCUCGACUUCCUGAGCCCCAAAGCCAUUCCAAUGAAACAUGUAGGCACUCCUCCAAAGCCCACAAAACUCUACCGAGGAGUGAGACAGAGAAAGGGCAAAUGGGUUGCUGAGAUCAGACCCCCCAAGCCCACAAAACGCGGAAAACUCUGGCUCGGCAUUUUCGAUACCGCCGAAGAAGCGGCUUUGGCUUUCGAUAAGGCAGCCUAUAAGCUCAGGGGAGAUUUUGCCACGCUCAAUUUCCCUCAUCUCAAGCAUCAAGGAGCUCAUAUCUCAGGCGAAUUCGGUGACUGCAAGCCCCUCCGUUCCUCAGUGGACGCGAAGCUCCAAUCUAUUUGCCAGAGCUUGGCUAAUUCGCAGAAACAGGGGAAAACAGAGGAGCCUUGUUUUGUUUCUGAUACAAAGCCAGCCAUUUCAGCUUCUUUGGAUGCGAAUGCUCUACAUCCCUUUAUGAAAAGUGAUUCGCUAACCACAUCCUGCUCUUACUCUACAGUCUCUUCCUCUCAGCCCAACUCGUUCCCUGAAUUUUGCUCCCCAUCGAGCACGCACAUGUUUUCUCAAAAACAGCAACAGCAGCAAAUCGCUGCCAUGGCUUCAGCUUCACUCCAAAACCAGAGGCUAAGCCAAUGGCAGCACCAGAACCAGCGCGCCCUCGACUACAAGCCCCUCCAUUCCUCAGUGGAGGCGAAGCUCCAAGCAAUUAGCCAGAGCUUGGCUAAUUCACAGAAACAGGGGAAAACAGAGGAGCCUUGUUUUGUUACUUAUACAAAGCCAGCUAUUUCAGCUUCUUUGGAUGCGAAUGCUCUACAACCCUUUAUGAAAAGUGAUACGCUAACCACGUCUUGCUCUUACUCUAAAGUCUCUCCCUCUCAGCCCAACUCGUUCCCUGAAUUUUGCUCCCCAUCGAGCACCCACAUGUUUUCUCAACAACAGCAACAGCAGCAAAUCGCUGCCAUGGCUUCAGCUUCACUCCAAAACCAGAGGCUAAGCCAAUGGCAGCACCAGAACCAGCGCGCCCGCGACUUCCUGAGCCCCAAAUCCAUUCCAUUGAAACAUGUAGGCACUCCUCCAAAGCCCACAAAACUCUACCGAGGAGUGAGAAAGAGAGAGUUGGGCAAAUGGGUUGCUGAGAUCAGACUCCCCAAGCCCUCAAAACGCACAAGACUCUGGCUCGGCAAUUUUGAUACCGCCGAAGAAGCGGCUUUGGCUUUCGAUAAGGCAGCCUAUAAGCUCAAGGGAGAUUUUGCCACGCUCAAUUUCCCUGAUCUCAAGCAUCAAGGAGCUCAUAUCUCAGGCCAAUUCGGUGACUACAAGCCCCUCCAUUCCUCAGUGGAGGCGAAGCUCCAAGGAAUUUGCCAGAGCAUGGCUAAUUCGCAGAAACAGGGAAAAACAGAGGAGCCCUGUUUUGCUACUGAUACGAAGCCAACCAUUUCAGCUUCUUUGGAUGCGAAUUCGGUCUUUGAUAAUUCACCCAAAGUCGAAUUGAAUAGUGAAAUCGGGCUUUCUGGAUCGGAGGACUGUAAGUUGGACUGCGAUCUAUGAUUUUGUUUGCGGGUUUCAUUGGUGUAAAUGGUCACUAUUCGCUGGUCAAAGAAAACUCCUUCACUGGUCAUUUAGUGCAGAUAUUUUAAACAGUUUUGUGGACUGCAA